UGUGUGUGUGUGUGUGUGUGUGUUUGUGUGUGUGUGUGUGUGUGUGUGUGUGUAUGAGAACUCAAGAGGCGCGGUGGUCUUCUGCUUCGGCGAGACGGUCAAGACAGUUCGUGGUGACGCAACGGGCCGUUAGGAAGCAUAAUGAAGCAGAUCUUCUUCACGCUGGUACCUUUUCUAGUUCUAAUAGCUUCGUCCGCUGUAAGCAGCACUCCCCAACUUCGCAACCCAUUCGAAGCGGUUCGGGGAUGUCUCCAGUAUGACACCGUGCCCGGUUACAACGAAACGCUGGAAUACUUUGCGACGGACAACUUCCGAUACGUCGGCCGCACGCACAACUCGAAGUACAUACGGGUGGGCAUGGUCGGUCCGACCGACGGUAUCAUACGCUUCGGCAAGUCGCGCUUUCCCUACGGCGAGAGUGUGUCCGAAAUUUGUCUUUCCGGCUGGGCGAAUCAAAACUCAGAAGUGAAUCGUCACACGCGCGCCAGCAACAGUGAGUACGUGAAUACGCCGCUCAAGAUUCAGCUGACACCGAAUGUGCUGUCCAAAACGCGACCGAUGAUGUUUCGACUCGAGGUGUUCGAUAAUGGUAACGUACUGCUGACGAAGGAUGGUGAGAAGCGCCCGUUUUUGGAGUUUAACGACAACCGGCAACGGUUGGAUCUGGAUUACAUUGCGUUUACCAAGUGGAACCACGAGCUGUUCUAUUACUACGACUGUCCGCUCGAUACGGAUGCGAACGGCGUGGACGAUACGGUGCUGCUGAAGUGUAGUUUGGCUUAAGUAGUGGAUUACUUAAGUUAGACAAUCGGCCAGGACAGGAUAAGUUAGACAAUCGGCUCUGUUAGAAGUAAGGAACAAGAAUUAGGAUAGCCUUUAAAUUAGCUUAAUUAUGACAGAUUGUCAAAAUAAAUCCCAAACGAGAAGCCUUUUUG